AUGACGAUGAUAAUGGCCCUACGAUCGAUAAAACAGUGCAUACAAUAUUACGAACGAAAAUUGUGUGACGUGACAAUAUAUUCAGGGAAUAAAAAGAUAGAAGCGCAUCGAAUUAUUCUUGCCGCUUGCUCUCCGUAUUUUUGUGCGUUAUUCACGUCCAAUUUAAUUGAAUCAGGACAAGCGAGUGUAACACUACACGAAAUUGAUGCGGAUGCUUUAGAAGUUCUUAUCCAUUACGCUUAUACUGCAGAAGUGGAAAUUUCGGAGGCCAAUGUCCAGGCUCUACUUCCUGCGGCAAGCUUGUUACUGCUCCAUGAUGUACGAGAAAAUUGCUGUGAAUUUCUUCUUUCUAAAUUGCAUCCUUCGAAUUGUCUUGGGUUCCGCCGUUUUGCCGACGUUCAUUCUUGUCAUGAUCUCAAAGUAAAAGCGCAUAAUUUUGCAUUAGGUACAUUUACUGAAGUGGUAGAAUUUGAAGAGUUUCUGAAUCUACCAUUAAGUGAAAUCUGUGAGUUGGUUUCGGAUGAUGGAGUACGGGUGGCUUGCGAAGAGCAGAUUUUCGAAGCUGUGUUGAAAUGGGUUCAGCAUGAUAUUGCGCAUCGGAGUGUCCAUAUGGCUGAAUUAUUUAGAUAUAUUCGUUUGCCUUUGCUUCCUAAAGAGUAUCUUGUAAAUUUAGUGGAAUCGGAGUUACUAAACGGUAGUAACUUAGAAUGUAAAGACUUCCUAAUUGAGGCUAUGAAAUUUCAUUUACUCCCUAAUCAUCGGCGUGUUUCCUAUCGCUCUCCGCGUACUAGGCCUCGUAAAUUUUUUUCUAGUACCACGGUUAUGUACGUGAUUGGCGGACAGGCGCCGAAAGCGUUAAAAGGUGUUGAACGGUUUGAUCGAGAAAGUAAUAGUUGGACCGAUGUAGCGCCAAUGACGAGCCGCAGAUGUCGCGCUGGCGUGGCAGUGGUUGAUGGAUUGAUAUAUGCCGUUGGUGGUUUUAAUGGUUCUUUAAGAGUCCGGACUGUCGACAGUUAUGAUCCUAUUAAGGAUCUUUGGCAGCCGGUAGCUAGUAUGGAAUUGCGUAGGAGUACUUUAGGUGUUGCAGAAUUGAAUGGCUCCAUUUAUGCUAUUGGGGGAUUCGAUGGCGCUACUGGCUUGAAUAGUGCCGAGUGUUUUAAUGUCAUUACGAACUGCUGGAAAAAUAUCAGUCCAAUGAAUACGAGGCGUAGUAGUGUUGGUGUAGCUAGUUUGAAUAGAUAUAUAUACGCAGUUGGUGGGUAUGAUGGCUCAUCAAGGCAGUGUUUAAAUUCGGUUGAGCAAUAUGAUCCUGCACUAGACGAGUGGAGAUUCGUUCGUGAAAUGAAAGUAAGGCGAAGCGGUGCAGGAGUUGCUGUCUUAGACGGGUUACUAUAUGCUGUUGGUGGUCAUGAUGGACCUGAUGUACGUAAAAGUGUAGAGUUUUAUGACCCAGCUACUAAUGAAUGGACUGAAGCGGCGGAAAUGAAUCUUUGUCGUCGAAAUGCAGCUGUUACCACUGUUGAGGGCUUGUUAUAUGUUUUUGGAGGUGAUGAUGGAUCCAAAAAUCUAAACUCUGUCGAGUUCUACGAUCCGUUUUGCAACAAGUGGACACUAUCUGAGGAAUCACUUGGAACUGGACGUAGUUAUGCUGGUGCAGCGACCUUGCAGCUUCCGCGCCACCUUUCCUUACCAGGGGCAUUCAGUAGUGACUGCGAGAGUAGCCUGUAG